CACGAAUGUGAAUCACGAAUGGUGAGCGAGGUCGUUGUGCGAUUGAGUGAGCGCAGCUGAUGGUCAAGACUCACGACUCACGACUCACGACUCACGACUCACGACUCACGACUCGCACAUACAUGCACACCCUGCCUCGUCCCCCCCCGCGACACUCCGUCGUGUCAAGCCUUUGCGCCAUCAUCCUCGCCCCUUGUCUUCUCCUCGCCAUCAAGACCGAGCAGGCAUUCACUUCUCAUCACAAAGGCAGCCCGACCACUGCCCUUCCCGCACCAUGUCAGCAGCAGCAGCAGCAGCAGCGGUGGGAGCUUCGAGCAAACGUCGAGCUCGUUCAUCCAGCCAUUCAUCUUCCUCUUCCUCUUCCUCUAGCGACAUCGACUUUAUCAACGUCUCUUUCGACUUUACAUCCCCCACCGACAUCGAUUUCCACUCUAUCAAGCGUCAAUUGCAGCAACUAUUCUACACCUACUCGACGCGCGAUGAGCAAUUGGAUCUUGGAAAAGUGGCGGAUCAUGUGAUUGGCUUGGCUGCGUCGAGUGGAGUGGGAACAGUGGUGAAGGUGGAUCAAGAAGAUGAUAGCGAUCCUUAUGCUUUUGUGAGCUUGGUCGAUCUAAAAGACACCUCCUCCGCAGCUUCUCAGACGCUGCACAACUUCUUCUCUGCAAGACUCGCCUCCAAGUCCGUCGGCUCCAGCUCUAGCGCCUCGCAAGCCAUCUCCGACGUUCUGUCGUCCAGCAACACUGCCCAUCGACCGUAUUUGGUCCUGCACGAGAGGAUGGUGAACCUGCCUGCUCAGAUAGCCACUCCGCUCUAUCGUAUCCUGGCACAAGAAAUCGAAAGUCAAUUGGCACAGAAACCCACCCACCUGAUCUUCUUUGCUCGCAUAUUUAGCGCCGCAGCCUUCAGCUCCGACGAAGAAUCGGCAUCCGAAAACGGUGCAUCUUCCACGAAGCAACAGCAACAAAAGAAGAAACGAAGAAGAGGAACAAAGACGAAGACCUCAUCAUCGUCAUCGGCUGCUGAUGCGCUCCGAAGAUUGCAAUCUGGUGCAGCACCGAUAGGAGGCGGUGCGAAUGGGAAGGAUCAAACAUCGAUGGGCGCGGCCGGCUCGGAUCAUCACGCUUUUCAUCCCGAGGACGAAUUCAUACUCAAGCACGCUACAGCCGCUCACAUUUUCCGCUUUCCACCUCCAAAGGAUGCGGCGGAUACGUACGAAGCGCCAAUGUAUGGACGCAUGCUGCUGGUAGAGUACGCCAAGCUACCUGUCCUCCUGCAAGAUCUGGAACAGGCUUUCGGUCAGCCUGCUGCUGCUGCUUGAGGGGCGUCUAGCUUAGCACUCCAAGACUCUUUCUCCUUCCAACUUGGCGCCAAAAGUUCAGGAUCAGCAGGUAUCUGCUUGAAAGGGUGCGGCUUGCUCAUCACACCCAAAGCCUGCCUCCCAAUCCCCCUUUCAUGUAAACACCGAGCCGGCUCAGAGCUUGUGAUUGAUCAGAUCAGAUCUGGCAUCUUGUUCGACGUAUAUUUGGUCAUGGUCAAGCAGACGAGACGGCUUUGGGCGAACGGAGGUACGCAACCUCCAACGCGAGGACAACAGCUGAACUGCACGUCCUCCACCCUGAGCGCACACGCAACAUCACUUUCGCUCUUUUCCCCCUGUGCUUUCACGUACUGGAGCGUUGAAUUCAAUCCACUCCGAUUCGAUUCCCUUGCCUCAUCAAUGCCUCUGCAGACAAUAGCAUCAUCAUCACCC